UCAUAUGCAUUUAUCUUCACUCUGAUGAGGGCUCAGACGUGAUAACAGCCCAGGUUCCCCAUCCCCGCAGGAGCUGGCGUGACGGCUGCCGGCCGCCUCCCCUCCAUUAGCCACAGCUAUUGGAUUUCCCACCCAGAAUCUUUAGCAAAUGAGAUCAUGAUUCUGGAAGGAAGUGGUGUAAUGAAUCUCAACCCCAGCAACAACCUCCUCCACCAGCAGCCCGCCUGGACAGACAGCUACCCCAUGUGCAAUGUUUCCAGUGGAUUUUUUGGAGGCCAGUGGCAUGAAAUCCAUCCUCAGUAUUGGACCAAGUACCAGGUGUGGGAAUGGCUCCAGCACCUGCUGGACACCAACCAGCUGGACGCCAGCUGCAUCCCUUUCCAGGAGUUCGACAUCAACGGCGAGCACCUGUGCAACAUGGGUUUGCAGGAGUUUAUCCGGGCGGCGGGAACGGCGGGGCAGCUCCUUUACAGCAACUUGCAGCAUCUCAAGUGGAACGGCCAGUGCAGCAGUGACCUGUUCCAGUCCACACACAAUGUCAUUGUCAAGACUGAACAAACGGACCCUUCCAUCAUGAACACCUGGAAAGAAGAAAACUAUUUAUACGACACCAACUAUGGUAGCACAGUAGAUUUGUUGGACAGCAAAACAUUCUGCCGAGCCCAGAUCUCCAUGACAACCACCAAUCACCUUCCUGUAGCAGAGUCACCUGAUGUGAAGAAGGAGCAAGACCACCCUGCCAAGUCCCACACCAAAAAGCACAACCCGCGAGGGACUCACUUAUGGGAAUUCAUCCGGGACAUCCUCCUGAACCCAGACAAGAAUCCAGGGUUAAUCAAGUGGGAAGACAGGUCGGAGGGCAUCUUCAGGUUCUUGAAGUCGGAGGCGGUGGCGCAGCUGUGGGGCAAAAAGAAGAACAACAGCAGCAUGACCUACGAGAAACUCAGCCGGGCCAUGAGAUAUUACUACAAAAGAGAGAUCCUGGAGCGGGUGGACGGACGGAGACUGGUGUAUAAAUUCGGGAAGAACGCACGUGGAUGGAGAGAAAAUGAAAACUGACCCUUGGAACACAACCCAAAACAGACCCCACAUCCCAGCAAGCCGGGAACUCCUGGGUGUAAAUAUGUCCAAGACGACUUUUCUCUGCUAUUUAUGUACCAUGAGGGAGAGAGGGAGGAAAAAAAAAAAAUGGACUUCUAACGGGAAGAAGGAACACUACAGUUGAUAAACUCAUUUUGUUACUUCGAAGUACAUCCUGUUUGGGGAGCCAGCGUACACAGUGUUCUGUGAAUUAUGAUGCUGUAUGUGGUUGUGAUGGGUGUUUGCCUUUGUUGUGAAGUUCGUUUCCACUUGCAAGAAGAAUGGGUCUGCGGCCUUCAUGCUUCUUGCCGAGAGAAGGGGGAAAAAAUUGGAGGGCAUUAAAUAUUUUUAUAUGCAAGUGAUUUAGGAAAAGGUGACGUGUGUCCUUCGCACCUAAGCAACUACAUGGCCUCAUUAAGAGAGGUGGGCGUGGUCGCAAGGAUGAGCUCCAUCCGGGGUCUCCUAUUGACGGCAUGAACUGGAGGCUGCUGGGAAGUUUCACCUGACCCUUAGGAGCCACUGCGUGGAGAAGGAGGACCUCCAAAAAUCCAGGAGGACUGUACUCACUGCAUGAUCACAUGACUUACAAUCUGUAAAUCAGCCAGAAGAAUAAGGGUGGGGGCUUUUUGUUUCUCACUCAGCAAUGAUUCUGAUGCCAAGGCUGCCUUCCUCCCUUCCCCGUGGAUGAUUGGUGGAACAAACUUCAAUCACCACCUCUGCUCACUUCUAGUUACUUAAGAAAGGGUCCAGUCUUGGUUAUUUUUAUCCCAAUUGCUAAGAAACUGCAUGGGAAAAAGGAGGUGGCAAUGAGUUUGCUCUUGUAUUCCUAUCGUCCAUGGUUUCUCAGUGAACACAGUUGACAGUUUGGGCUGAAUAAUUCUUUGUUGUCCAUUAUUCGACUCUCCUGUGCAUUGUAGGAUGUGUGGCACUGUCCAUGACCUCUACCCUCUAGAGGCCAGUAGCCCUCCUGUUCCGAGGUUGUGACAACCAAAUAUGUCUUCAGAUAUUUUCAAGUGUCCCCCAUGGCGGAGUGGGGGAGGAGGGGGGCAAAAUUGCACUUGAUUGAGAACCACCGAUUUAGCCAGUCAAGAUGACAAUGGUGACUUAUUCUCAGAAGAAUAAGAUAUCUAAGAUCUUUUAGUCCCUAAGAAGAAGCAGAAGCAAGAUUCAAAGUCCAGCUUCUUUUUAAUUUUUAAAAUAUUAAGGAAAGUGGGCUUAAGUAAUUAGAGGGACUUCUUUUCAGAACCCCAGAUGAGAGACAAAGUCAGACAAAUUGAACAAAGUAAUGUAGCAAGAACAAAAAGAACACAUUUUCUCUGGGAUCACAAAGCAGACUAAAAAUUAUAUUGUAGAAAGAAAUGCUGAGAGAAAAUUUGUGUGUGUGUGUGUGUGUGUGUGUGUGUGUGUGUGUGUGUGUGAGAGAGAGAGAGAGAGAGAGAGAGAGAGAAGUUUAAAAAGAAAAAAAGACAUAGAAAAAAAAGGAUGAAAGAGAAAAACAGAGAAGAGCUUAGGAGCUAUAGUCAGUAAGGAGUUGGAGACUUCAAUGGUGGGGUUGUUUGGGGGCACCUGGGGACUUAUCACUGGGUCUUGUAAUCUGGGAGGUCUGUGAGCCUGUAGACACUUUGCAAAUGGAUUUGAACAUCCACCCUUUUGCAACUUUUCUUUUGGGAUCCCCAUGUCCUUGGCUUUCUCCUCCCUCCUGCCUCUCUUGAGCAAUACUAUGGGGCGGAAGACACGUACCAAUAAGAGGGAGUGCUCUUCAUCAACGAAUGGACCGCCUGCCACCGUGUCUUAGCCAGCAGAGGUGAGCAAUUCUUAGUCAAAGAUUGCAAAGUGUUUGUAAUGUAUCUAGAAGGCUAGGAGUAAGAAGAAUUAACAAUUUGUCUUCCUUAUAAUGACAACCAUUAGGAAUGGUGAUCUUUGCACACCAGGGUAGUGAGAUGAAUGACCUUCUGAAGGUACAACCAAGUUCAUUUUUGUUUCUGCCUGGCUUGGUCACCUCUACAAAGGUGUUACUUAGUGUUGUUAAGUAGCAGUUACUGAGGGAACCGAGAGAAAUAACAGUGAGCAACCCAGCUCCGACACAUUCCUGUAAAAGGCACACCUUGUUUUCCAAGCCAGGCUAAGAACUGUGAGGCCUUCCCAGCAUUUGACUAUACUUCACACAGAAUGAAUUAAACAUCCAGAUAUUUGAAUUGGUGUCAACACAUGACUGUUUGAGUGUCUGUGUGCGUCCGAAUUGUGUGAAGAUAUUAGGGGCACCUGCUAAUCCUCUCUCUGCUAUUCCUCCCUUGGCUUUGCUUACUUGUCACUUAAGGUGACUAGAUUGUUCUCUGUUUUUGCCCUUCCCCUGUAAGUUUCUUACAUUCCUCCAAAUUGGCUCUUUCUGCACCUUCUCUGUUGAAGAGCAAUCUUUGCUAGGUAGUAAGUGAGACUGGGGAGUACCGACUGGAACAGUUCUGCAGAUAAUUAGCAGAUUGUGUUAUUUCUUGAGAAUGAUGGUUUCUUGGCACCCAGUUCCUACUUAAAUAGGCUGGAGUAUUAAGUUCUCAGAUUAUCUCUUUAUUGUCUUGGCUUGAGUUUGAUGCAUUUUCUCUGUGCUGUUCGUGACUUGGAGAACUCAAGGUAAUCGAGCCAUGCCAACUUGGGGUGUGAACAGAAUACUUCCCACCACAGUGUUGAAACGGAGAGUAAAAUCCCAGAGAUAAGCCAGCAUCAAGUGAAGCAACCCCUUCUUUGCGGGGGACACACAGCUUCUCCCUUGAGAAGCUCGUCUGUGCUGGGUGCUCACAUGGUCACCUUCCUUAAGCGAAAGGCUUAGACUCUUACAUGUAGUUUUCAUGGGAACCCGAGGCAGGAGAUGUAUGGCUAAGACGUUACCAGACUCAGGUUAUCCAUGGUGCCUAGUUAUUUGACUUGACGAAACUUGAGUACGGCCCUGGCUCCCAGGGCCAUACUGACAGCUUCUUGAACUUGCCUUCUGAGCCAGGCAGACCCAGGUUAUGAGUUUUCCUUUAGACAAGCUAGUCCUUUCUCAAAGUGUUUGCCUUUCUAGACUGUAAGCUCUUUGUGGGCAGGGACUACAUCUUAUCAAUAUUUCCCCCCUGCACCUAGCAUGAGAUAGGUGCUAAAUACAUAUUUGUUCAGUUAACAAAUGAAUGUCUUCUGGAAGACUCCUUGGAUUGGGAGGCCAGACCCAGAAUUGGGAUGUGAAUCAUUUCUUCACCGGAAUAAGAGCACAACAGCCAUAACUUCAAGGACAUGUGACCCUAUUAGCUGAACAUUUUAUUGUGAGACUCCUUACUUUGCCUUCCAACCUUCGCUGAAAUGAAACCAAAACAGGCCGUUUGCUCCCGAAAGUCAUGUGUUGGAUGGGAAUUCUGUUGCUUUAUUAGGAACUGUGAGAUUUGUCUGGUAUAACAAACCAGGAAUGUACCUUUGACCUGUUUUAACCAAUGAAGAUUAUGAAUGUGUUUAUAUGAUGUAAAUUGCUAUUUAAGUGUAAAGCAAUUCUAAGUUUUAGUAUUUGGGGAUUGGUUUAUAUAUAUUUUUUUCCUUUUGAAAAAUAUGGAGGGAUCUUUUGAUAAGGUGAGUCAUGCAUGUUAGAUUUUAGUUUUGCAAGUGUGAUGUUUUCCAAAUGUAUAAAAGAUAGGAAAAAUAGUAAGAGGGAAAGCAAUCAUAUUAUUCUUCUGUAGUUUAAAAAAAACAUUUGUCAAGUGCCUACUAUAUGCACCGCAUGAAACCAAGUAUGUGAAAAGUUUAUCUAAUUAUAUGGGGUGUAAUAGAUGCUCCAUAUGAACCUAAUGGAUGACCUCUUACUGUCUGAAAGGAAGAACAACCUAGCAGUCACAAUAUCAGAGCUGAAUUAACCUCAUUUCUGCAAUAAGAGAUACAGCGUUUAAUAAAAACACAUUGAAGCUGUGUGCCUUAUGAACCACUAAAAUGUGUAAACGGUCACAAAUUUAGCUGAAUUGGGAUUAAUCUCUCCAUAGCUGUCUGCAUAACCCUUGCUUUUCUUCCCAUCUGAUUUCUGGGUAGACAAUUUGUAGGAAAUGACCCUAUUACAACUAUUUUUUAAAGAUCAGAAAUCUUUCCCUUUUAACUAUGUUAAAUUCAAAUUGAGUAUUCCUCUUCUAUGAAAGAAUUAUAUUUUUCAAAAUAUGUUUGUUUUGGUUUUUUUGUUUGCUGGGUCCCAGGAAGCACUAAUAAAAACCACAUAGACCAUC